AUGGCUUCUGUCUCAUCUCCUUUCCCUAUUUCUCUUCACCCACGAAUCAAAUCCAACGCCGUAAAGCACCCCACGACUCGAGUUUUGACCCGUCCGAUCAAAGCCUCCACGUCAGAAACUCCUCCCGAUCUAGCCGUCGCGACCCGAACCGGAUCCGGAUCCAAAAAUCUCCCGAUCCGAACCAUCCCUGGAAACUACGGUCUACCAAUUAUAGGACCUUUCAAAGACAAGCUCGAUUACUUCUACAACCAAAAACCAGAAGAGUUCUUCAAAUCUCGAAUCCGUAAACACAACUCCACAGUGUUCCGAGUCAACAUGCCUCCGGGCGGUUUCAUAGCCGAGAACCCGCAAGUCGUAGCUUUACUCGACGCCAAAAGCUUCCCGGCUCUGUUCGACGUUGACAAAGUCGAGAAGAAAGAUCUCUUCACCGGAACUUUCAUGCCUUCCACUGAGCUCACCGGAGGCUACCGUAUCCUCUCUUAUCUCGAUCCGUCGGAGCCGAAUCACGCCAAGCUCAAAUCGCUUCUCUUCUACCUCCUCAAAUCAUGCCGUAACAGAGUCUUCCCGGAGUUUCGAGCUACUUACUCGGAGAUGUUCGAUUCGAUCGAGAAAGAGCUCGCCGCUAACGGAAAAGCCGAUUUCGGCGGUCCGGCCGACGGAGCCGCCUUUAAUUUCCUGGGCAGAGCUAUGUACGGGACGAAUCCGGCCGAUACUGAGCUUAAAUCCGACGCGCCGGGUCUGAUCACGAAAUGGGUCGUAUUCAACCUCCACCCGAUACUGUCUGUCGGUUUACCGGCGUUUCUCCAAGAGCCUCUUCUCCAUACUUUCCGUUUGCCUCCGUCGCUGGUCAAAUCUGACUACCAGAGACUGUACAAGUUUUUCCUCGAGUCUUCCGGUGAGAUUCUCGCGGAGGCCGAGAGAUUGGGCAUCUCGCGAGAAGAAGCCGCUCACAACCUUGUUUUCGCCACGUGUUUCAACACGUGGGGUGGGAUGAAGAUCCUUUUCCCGAAUGUCGUCAAACGGGUCGCUCGGGCGGGUACCAAUUUGCAGAUCCGGUUAGCGGAGGAGAUUAGAUCGGUGAUCAAAUCUAACGGCGGAGAGCUCACGAUGGGUGGGAUGGAGCAGAUGGAGCUGAUGAAGUCUGUUGUUUUCGAGUCUCUCCGGAUCGAGCCGCCGGUGCCGCACCAAUACGCACGUGCGAAGAAGGAUUUCGUGAUCGAGAGCCACGACGCGGCGUUUAAAGUGAAGGCGGGAGAAUUGCUUUACGGAUAUCAGCCGCUCGUGACGAAGGAUCCGAAGAUUUUCGAUCGGGCGGAGGAGUUUGUGCCGGAUCGAUUCGUCGGAGAGGAAGGGGAGAAGCUGUUGCGGUACUUGGUGUGGUCGAACGGGCCGGAGACGGAGAAUCCGACGGUGGGGAAUAAACAGUGCGCCGGGAAGGACUUCGUAGUUCUGGUGACAAGGCUUUUAGUGAUUGAGAUUUUCCGGCGAUAUGAUUCGUUCGAUAUUGACGCUGGUGCGGCGUCGUUGGGAAGUUCCGUUAAUUUCACGUCGUUAAGGAAGGCUAGUUUUUAA